AUGAAGUUCCCUUCCAUAAUCAUAGGUGCUGCACUACUCGCCACCUCUAUCAUUGCCUCUCCUCUCACUUCUCGGCGGCAGGCGGGCGGUGCAACACAGCGAUCUUCCCGAGCCACGCGCCACACGAACCGACCUUAUAAUCCAAAUACCUCAGAAGUGUUCUAUCUGAAUCAGACUUCCCAGGCGAGUUACAGUUCAAACUGGGCCGGGGCUGUGCUUAUUGGUACCGGGUACACUUCGGUAUCCGGAGAGAUCACAGUUCCCAUCCCUCAACUCCCAAGGGGUGCUAAUUCCUACACAAAUUACUGCGCCUCUGCAUGGGUUGGCAUCGACGGCGAUACUUGCAAUACAGCUAUUUUACAAACAGGAAUCGAUUUCUGUAUUCAAGGAGACACUACGUCGUACAGCGCAUGGUACAAAUGGUAUCCAGACUACGCGCAUGACUUUAGCAACAUCCAAAUUUCGGCUGGAGAUGUUAUCAAAGCUAGAGUCGAUGCAACUUCGAGGAGUUCCGGCUCCGUUACUCUUGAAAAUUUAUCCACGGGUGUAUCUGUGACGCAUAUAUUCCCUCAUGGCCUUGGGGGUAGUCUCUGCGAGUUCAAUGCUGAAUGGAUUGUGGAGGACUUUUCCGUGAACAACGCAAUGACACCUUUCUCCAACUUUGGCACUGUAGUAUUCUCUAAUGCAGUUGCGUCGCGCGGUAGAAAUACUUAUGGGCCAUCAAAUGCUACUAUCAUGGACAUCUAUCAGGAUCGGAUUCUCACAUCUUCUUCUAUCGCCGGAAACACUGUCACUAUCAGUUACAUCUAG